AUGACAUCAGGAAGCAGAUCAGUUUCUUUAUCUUCAGGGAAGGACUUGAAGUAUCACCAACCACAUAAUUCCAUAAAUUCUACUGCAUCAUUAAGAUCAAGCUCAAUUGGGUCUUCGUUUUUCACCCCUAACAACACUCACGGUGCUGGAUCAAAUUCAUCUUCAAGCAAUGAUCCAUCUUUUCUUAAUGGGGAGAACACUUCUGCCAACUGCACUAAUUCAACUGAAUCAGACGACAAUGAAUUGAUCGAGCCUACUAAAGAUAUUGACAUUGUGGGUGCAAUCAGUACUUUGCAUUUAGAUGAUGAUGAUGAAGAUGAAGAGGCUACCACAACUGGUACGAACAACAUCUCUCGUGUUAAAUCCGGUAACAAACACAACCCACAGUAUGGAUCUUUAACACCACAAAAUCUUGCUAAAACAGGAUCUGGAAACACCAAGAACACUUGGAAUAUAACUCAACUGGCUCCUCCACAACCAAUAAGAUCAAAUGUUAGUGAAAACGGGAACCAUCCCAAUGAUCAAAAUGUCUUUGUGAAACCUUUUGAAUUGCCAGAAAGCCAAGAAGAUGCCAGCAAAAAGCAAACCACUAAUGGUUUAAACUUGCCGUUGUUAGAAAAAAUUUUAGACUCAGAAGGAAGAACUAAGGAUAAUGAUCAAAAUAUAUCUUCUAGUAAACCUCAGUUCUAUGACGGUGCUAUUCCUUUUGUUCCCGUAAAUCAGAAUGUUACUGGUAAUGGAAACUCACAAAUACCACCACCUCUCGGCAACAUUCCACCACCAAUGUCAAAUAUGCCACCACCGUUACCACCUCACUCAAUGGGUCUUCCCUCUUUUAGUCCCUUUCCACAUCCUUCUUUUUACCAAGGGUAUAUUCCUUCUCCACCAGCUCAUACUCCUACACCUGGUGAUUACCAAUCUUUUGACAAGAUUCCAUCUGUGCCAUCCCCAGCACCUCCAAUUAUCCAGGAAUCACAAGUACCAACACCAGCGCCAGUACCAGUACCAGCACCACAACCUAACCAACCACAACCCCCGACUAUGUGGAAUCCAUUACAUUCACCACUUGUUAGAUUGCCAUUUGGUCAACAACAAUUGCAAACAGUAUACUCACCAACCCAAUCAACGCAACUGCCAUUACUACCACAACAGGGACCACCUCAACCGCAACCCGCAUUCCCAAUGAUGCCACAACACAAUUUCCAUCAACACAAUCAAUAUCAUCCACGUCCACACUAUAGAAACAAUAAUGGUAUGAUGAAUGUUCAUCGUAAAAAUUUGCGUAGAAAAGAAGAUAGUGCCAAAUAUUCUGAUGCAAAAUUACAAGAUUUUACAGGGUCGAUCUUAACUUUAUGUAAAGAUCAACAUGGUUGUCGAUUUUUACAACGAGAAUUGAUUAAUGAAACAAAUGCAACGUUAAUAUUCAAUGAAAUUUAUUUUAAAGCUGUUGAAUUAAUGAUCGAUCCAUUUGGUAAUUAUUUGAUUCAAAAAUUGUUUACCAUGAUUAAUCUUGAACAACGGUUAGUUUUGAUUAAUCAAUGCAGUAAUGAAUUAUUUCGUAUUGCCUUAGAUCCUCAUGGUACAAGAUCAUUACAAAAGUUAAUUGAUGUGAUUGAAACCAAUGAAGAAAUUGAGAUUAUUACUCGUAAUUUGUAUUCAAAUAUCGUUGUAUUAUCAAGAGAUUUGAAUGGGAAUCAUGUGGUACAAAAGAUUUUAACUAAAUUCAAUACCAUUAGCUCUGAUUCCAAUUCUUCAGAUUCCAACAGAGAUGGAGCCCAGCAUCAAAACCAAAAUCAAUUCAUUUUUGAUAUUAUUCAAGCCAAUCUUUUAUAUAUUGCUUGUCAUAGACAUGGGUGUUGUGUAUUACAGAGGUGUUUGGAUUAUGGGAACAAACAACAAUGUCAACAAUUAUCACAAGAGAUUGCCAAGCAUACUAUCAAAUUAUCUUUGGAUCCAUAUGGUAAUUACGUUGUACAGUAUGUUUUGAACAAGUAUAGUGUUGGCGGUGACGCUCAAAAUACCGAUAAUCAAGUAAUUGAUAUCAUUAUCCAAGAGAUUAAAUCUAAUUUCAUUCAAUUAUCUUUACACAAGUUUGGUUCUAAUGUCAUUGAGAAAUGUUUGAAAAUCUCUCUGAUUUCAAAAGAUUUAAUUGAUAAUUUAAUUGUAUUAGAUCAUGGUCAAGCAUUUAAUCAAUUAUUAAAUGAUCCAUUUGGUAAUUAUGUUUUGCAAACAAGUUUAGACGUUGCUAAUUUGGAACAAUUUGAACAAUUGUCGAAAAUUUUACUUCCAUUGUUGCCAAAUAUUAAAUCUACUCCUCAUGGUAGAAGAAUAUUAAAUAAAAUCCAACAAUAG